CCUCUUCAAGAAUUACCCGCCAACUUCCAGACUAAACCCCGCGCCACAGCACUGAACCACAGCCACACACAUUCAGACACAGCAUACACUCACACCCACUCAAAUCACAGCGAACUCGACACAAUGCGCUCCAAGACGCAGCAGGCGAGGUCUCCCCCCUCCACCAGAAUGAACCUGCGCAGUUACAGGAGCACCGCUCUGCUUCCUAUGGAAACCUCGUCCUCCUCAGACGACAGCUGUGACAGUUUUGGAUCUGAUGGUUUUGGGACCUCGAAGAGACCGCUAAGACAGACGAGAAGCUCUGCUCCGAGUGAGAAAGUGUUUAAGGUUUUACCUGUGACGGAGGAAGAGGAUGCUUGCAGCGGUUUUGAGAACGACCUGAACGACGACAUGACAGAAAUGAAAAUGGACUCUGAUUCUGAGGCCUGUUCACCUCCCAGAAAAACUCGUAAAUCGUUCACACUCAGAGUAGCCAUGAAGUUUCCUAACAAACGGGCCAGUCCAUCAAAGCCAGUGUCGCCUGAGUCCAAACCCAAAACCGGCCCUAAACCUGAACCCAAAGACCCAGAGUCUGACUCUGAGGGAGACAACUUCAUGCUGAAGAGAGCGCUGAACAUCAAAGAGAACAAAGCUAUGCUUGCUAAGCUAAUGUCAGAGCUGGAUAAGGUUCCUGGACUCAUUCCCAGGAAGGCUGCUUUGUCACAGGGCAAUACGCCUCGUCGUGUUCCUCGCCGCUCUCUGGAUGGCAGCGCCGCUCGCCGGAGAAACCCAGAGCGAACGUCCCGUCCCCACACACGCUCCCGGUCACUGGUGGACGGACCACCCUCCCCUGCUCCAGAGGAUGACCCUGAGGACAAAUACAGCCUGGUCCGCAGAAACAGAAAUGACGACGACGAUGAUGAUUAUGAAGAAGAGAGAGAGCCACGUCGGCGCAGCUAUAACAGCACUCUGACGAUCCCUCACGUGGUGAGGCCUGUGGAGGAAAUCACUGAGGCUGAACUGGACAACAUCUGUGUCAACGUCAGAGAGAAGAUUUACAACCGGGCCACUGGAUCCACCUGCCAUCAGUGUCGACAAAAAACAACCGACAGCAAGACCAACUGCCGCAACCCAGAAUGUGUGGGGGUUCGUGGACAGUUCUGCGGGCCUUGUCUCAAGAACAGAUACGGAGAAGACGUCCGUGAUGCCCUCCUGAACCCGGAGUGGCUUUGCCCCCCGUGCAGGGGCAUCUGUAACUGCAGUUUCUGCCGUGCCAGAGAGGGCCGCUGUGCUACAGGUGUGCUCGUGUACCUGGCCAAAUACCACGGCUAUGACAAUGUCCACUCCUAUCUGAAAAGUUUAAAGAAGGAACUGGAGGAAAGUGAAUAAAAUGGUUGCCAUGUUCGGCGGAGUCCAACCGUAACUGACGUCGUCCUCAAGUGUCUUAAUUGUGUGAUUCUCGGAGCUUCCUUAAACCUGCUGCAGGCUCAAUUUGAGUAGACCGUUAUGAGUGGUCUACAUGAAAUCCUUAGGUUUGCAUUGUUUUAAAUGUAUAAUUUUUCAGAGGGACUGUUUUUAUCUCUGUACUGUAAUGGAAACUUUGGAAACUGUUGGCUGCAAUACUUCUCUUUGCUGUUUUUACCCUGAUUUUAUCCAAUCUGUAGGUUCUUUAGACGCUGUUGUAACUGCGCAGUAUACUGCCGUCAUACAUGAAUAAAAUUUGUGCUUUUUAA